AUGAGUACAAUUUUGAAUUAAUUGUUAUGGUUAGUUUGGAUGAGAAUUUGCUUGGUAAAUGGAUUGAUUGAUAUGUAUGGAAGUUGUUUAUUGAUAGAGAAUCUCAUUUGAAAGGAUGUAUAGAUGGGAGUUGUACAAAGCUAUGUUUAUUAGGUGUGGCUGAUUGUAGUAAAUCUGUUCCAGUAUGUGAAUAUGGUUAUUUCUUAUUCAAAGAGAAAUAUUGUGUUUAAUGGUACAUUAUAUAUAUUGAUUAGUAUAAAGUCCUGGGUUUUCAUCAAAUAUGCGAUAUGAUUGUAUGGAUUGUUCAGAAAAUCCAAAUUAAUGGGCAGGAAGUAGAUAAUGUAGUUAUGGAUAUGAAAUAGUAAAUGGUGAUUCAACAACAGGUGUGUUUUAGAAAUAAAAUGACUCAAGUUCAACAUUAUACUCGAUUGUUGCUUCAAAUUAAUAACCUACAAUUAUAAUGGGUCGUGAUGUUAAUUUACCAUAUAUAGUUUAAUUAUGUGAAGGAUGUGAAGAAUUUUGUGAUGACGAGAGUGAUGAAUCAUGUAACUUUUUUGAAGAUUAUAAUAACAAUGACAUAGAUCCAUAAGUAGGAGUAUAAUGUUUAAAUGGAUAUUAUUUUGAGAAUGAUAGUUGUAUAAAAUGUUAGAAUAAUUGUUUAAAAUGUAAUGAAAAUGGAUGUUAAACAUGCUUAAAGGGAUAUUUAUUAAAGAAUGGUAAGAAUUGUGAGAAAUGUCCAUAAGGAUGUUUAGAUUGUGGUUAUGGAUUUGAUGAGAUUACAAUAGAAUGUUAUGAAUGUGAAUAGGAUGGAUAAGGAGAAUUUUAUUUGCCAAGUUUAUUUUUAACAAGUUGUGAGACUUGUGAUUUUGGAUGUUCUAAUUGUGAAUAUAUGACAUAUGAUGAAACUUUAUAUCCAAUAUAUUUAACUAGAGAUUUAGAAGUACCUUUUGAAGAAGAUAUUUCAUAAUAUAAAAAAAGAUGUAGAUAAUGUAGAGGAGCAAACUCAUUCAUUAGUUCAAAUGGAAGAGAAUGUAAAAAUUGUAACAUAGUAAAUUGCUAAUAAUGUUAUUAAGAUUUAGGAGGUGGAAUUACUACUCUUGAUCCAGACUUUAAACCUAAUGAAGAAGGAAGUUUUGAUAUUUUAUGUAAGUUAUGUUCUCCUGGUUUUAAAUUAAAUUCAGAUAAAAAAAGUUGUGUUUCUGAAACAGAUCCUAAUUGCUCUAUACUUAAUGCUGAUGGUACUUGUUAAUUAUGUGCAAAUGGAUUUAUGUUUGAUUUAACUACAGAUCCAGGAACAUGCACACCAACUUUAUGUAGUUUAAAGAUUUUAAAUUGUAUUGAUUGCUUUGCCUAUUAAGAACCUGAUGCUGAUGUUAUUUAUGAUGAAAAUGGUAUUCCUAUUAGUUCAUAAAAAAAAUAAUUAUAAUGUAUCAAAUGUAAUAAAGGAUAUUAUCCUGAUUUCUUUAGUGGAAAAUGUAUAAGAUGUAAUUCUAAUUGUUAAUAAUGUUGGCAAUAUACAGAUUCAUAUAAUCUUACACAAAUUAAUUCAGCUUACUAAAUUUAUUCAUAGACAUCUAAAUCAUUCUUCUUAAAUGAGGAUUUAAAGGAUCCAUUAUGUACAUAAUGUUAUAAUGGCUAUGAUUUAUAUGAUAAUUAAUGUAAAGGUUGUGGAGAUGGUUGUCAUAUUGAUUCAGUUUCAAUGUGUGUAUUUGAAUAUGAUACUGCCUAUUGUUCUUAAUGUCCUCCAGGAUAAAGAUCUCUUGUUAAUGAUAAUAGUGAUUGUGCUGAUUGUCCACUCUUUUGUGAAGCUUGUAGAGAAAGAACUUAAGAUGAAAUCAAUCAAAUUAAUCCAUUAUUUAAUCCUAGUAAUACAGAUUUCCAAAGAUAUUCCAAUCUAUGUUACAAAAUCAUGAAAAAUUUUGAUUCGACUAAAAACUUGUAUCUUGAUACUACUACACAUAUGCCCACUGUUUGUACAUAUCCUGGAACAUCCAAAAAAUGUUAUCAUACUUCUACUAUUACUUUUGAAUUAAAUUGUGAUGAUGAAGAUAGUAUUCCUGAUGCAUAAUAUUUAUCAUCUAUUUUUAAGGGUAAAUCAUCUACCUCCACUCUCAUCUUAAAAGAUAUUGAAAAAUAUGAAAACUAUUUAUUAUUGAAUAAAAAUGCUGUACAAGAAGUUACCAUUUAAAUUAAUGUUCAUGGAACAGAAUGCAGAUUCUUAAAACCUACUCAAUUCAAAACUUUGUUCUAAUAAAAUGUAUUCUCUUUAUUAAAACUUAAUAUCCAUUUUAAAUCUUCAUCAUCUGCUAAAUUCUAUUUAAUAGGACAUUUAUCAUUCUCCAAUAUUAAUAAUUUACGAUUUGAAAAUAUUUAAUUCUUAUACAACACAGAUAUUAGAUCCAAAAUUAAAGAUUUUGGUAUCACUCUCAGAGGUAAAUCAAGUUCAUUUACAUUAAUUAAUUCUGAAAUCUCGAAGUAGAACUCUUUAAAUUAUGCUAUGUUCUCAUUUAAUUUUUCGGGAGUACAAACACUUAAUCUAGAAUAAGUUCAAUUUAUUAAUUUACAACCUAUUGAUAACUUCCUUGAUUAGAACUUUACUUAAGAAAGCUCUUAUAAAUUAACAUUAACUAAAGUUAAAUUUAUAGAAUGUUAAUUUCUAAACUAAACCUAACUAUUUGAUUAAAAUCCACUUAAUAACACCUAAAUUACAAUUAAUGAUUUAACUAUUUUACAGUCAGAAUUCAUAAAUACAUUUUUCUUUGGAUCUCAAAAUGGAUAAACUUAUACAAAAAUUACAUUAUCUAUUAAUGAUCUUAAAAUUCAAUUAAGCUCUUUUAUUAAUUCUAAUUUUUUAAUGAGCAAUCAAAUUAUAACAAGUUCAAUCUCUAAUGUAGAUAUUUACACAUGUUAAUUCAUUAACUCUUUAGUAUUUAGGUUAAAUCAUAUCAAUCUCUAAAACUUUUAUAUUGGAUCUAAUAAGAUAUUUAAUAAUUCAAUAAUAUUCUCAACUGCUGCAUUAGUUGAUUCUUUUAUUGUUCCAAAAAGUGCAUUACAAGAAUUUAAGAUUAUCAAUAUUCAUUUUGAUCAGAAUGAUUGCAAUAGUAUAAACUGUUUAUUUUUAUUAUCAACUCCCUAGAAUAUUUAUUCUAUUGAAGCCGAUUUGAAAAUAGUUUCAUUACAAAUUCUAAGAACAUCAUCAAUGAUAUACUCAGAAAUUAUUAGAUAUAUUGAUUCUUCUUUAUGUGUGUUUAAGUAAUUCUAGAAUAUUCAAAUAUCGAAAUUAAAAUCAGCAGAUAAUUUAGGAGCUAUUGUAUUUUAUUUUGAUGAAAUUAAAUCUAUUGAUAUUGAUACUCUACAAUGUGAUUCAAUUCAAUCAAAUUAAUUCAUUUUAUAUGAUGAAGCCGGGGAUGAAAUAAUUGUUGAUAAUCCAUAUAAUAACUUAAUUCCAUCUUCAGAAUAUUGUGCUGAAUAAUUAUGGUCUUCAAACAAUUAUAAUUUUUAUUGUCUUUAUGUAAAUGAAUUCUCACAUGGAGUGAAAUUGAAUAAUAUUAUCAUGAGUAAUUAAUUGUUAGUAGAUUUUAAUGCUAUAGUUAUAUAAUCAUAUGAUAUACUAAAAUUGAAAACUAGUAGAGUAAAAGACAAUUUGACUUAAUUUUAUUCAAAUUAUGAUAAAGAAGUAAUCAUUAUUUAAAAUAUCUAUGCAUUUAAUAAUACUUUACUAGCUUAUGAUUUGGGAUCACAAUUAUCUUUAUUCUUGAUAAAAUCGUAAUAACAAUAAUAAAUUAUUAUAAAAAAUGCUGAUUUCUAGAGUAAUCAUUUACACAGGACAUCUUUAUAUUAAAUGAUGAUAAGUGCAACUAUCUUAGUAAUUUAAUCAUAAUAAGCUGUAUUGAAUAUUUCAUAUGCAACUUUUGAUUAUAAUAGAGCCACUCAAUUUGAAUAUGGAUUAAAUUAUAUACUUGUAAGAUAAUUAAAUAUUAUUAAUUGUUGGUUCAGAUCAACAAAUUAAUUUGAUGGAGUUUGGGUAAAUAAGUUAAAUGAAAAUUAAAUGAAUGAUACAAUUUAAGUAUGGGAGUUUUAUGAAGUUAAAUCAAAAGGAGCUAAUUUAUAUCUAGUUACAUAGGAAUUAUAAAUGAAGGAUUGCUAAUUCUUAGAUGGUUAUGGAUUAGAUGGAGUUGGAAUGUUCAUUGUAACAUAAGGAAAAGGCAAUAUAUUUAUCAAUAAUACUAUUUUUAGAAAUAUGAUAACAAAUUUAGAUUCAAAAUAUUUAACUUAGGGAGGUUGUUUAUCUAUUGAUGCAAAAGCUUCAACUCUUUAACUUACUUUAUCAUUUAUUAAUAUGAAUAAUUGUUUGAGUAGAUCAAAAGGAGGUUGUAUUUGGAUAGGAUCAUCUAAAAAUUAAUAAUUAAUUUCUAUUACUGAUAGUAAAUUUGCCAAAUGUUAAUCAUUAACAUCUUAAUUUAUGGAAGUGUAAUUUUUUGAUGUUAUUAAUUAAAUAGUAUAAAUGAAUAAUUUGAGAAUUGAAAAUAAUAAUCUUGAAGAAUUUUUAUCAAAAGUGCCAGCUUUAACGGAUACUGAAAUUGAUUAAUUUAAAGUUACAGCUUCUCUUUAUACAUAAUCAAAUGGAUAAUUGAGGAUGAAUAAAAUUUACAUUUAUAACAUUGAAAAUUAAAACAUUAUUUAUGCAACAAAUUUGUAUAGAGGAUAUUUUAAUUAAAUUUAAUUUGUAAAUAAUACAAUUUUUAGUGCUCCUCUGUUUCGUUUAACUUUAAAAGAUGAAUUGGGUACUGCUUAUUUAGGUUCAAUUACAUUUUCUGGAAAUAAAUAAUUUAUACCAUUGAAAGAAUAUGAUGAAUGUGCUUAUUUAUUUUAUGAAACUCCAGUUUAAGGGUAUGAUGAAUAAACUUGUGAUAUAUGGUAAGAAAAUAUUGCUUUGGUAGAGCAAAUAUUUUCUGAUUCCCUUUAUAAUAUUAAAGAUUUAGAAUUAGAUGAAGACUAUAUAAAAAUGUCUAAUAAAGAUAAAUAUGAAUGGGAGGAAACGAUUUAUUAAUUAUAACCAACAUUUGAUGAUAUUCCACUUAAUUUUUAAUACAAUGAAAAGGUUAGUGAUUGUAUUUUUUAUAAAUUAUUCAAUGAAAUUUCAAAUUAAACUGCCGCUUAUAUUUAAAUAUUAAAUUUAAGAUAAGGAAAUCAUAUAAAAAUAGAAGGAUUAGAAUUCAGCAAUAAUAAUUGUACACUCUGUACUUAUGGAUUAUUAUAGAUAAUUCAAGUAGAAGAAGUAGUUAAUAUAAUCGGAAUCAAUUAUUUAUUUUGUGUCUAUAACUAUUUAUCAUAUUUUGGAUGUAUAUCUAUUACGAAAGAUAAUUAAAUGGAAGAUAUCUAGUUUAAUAAACCCUUAGAGGGAAGGAGAUUAUUAACUGAAAUAAAUGAUUAAUAUUCAAUUCAAGUAAAUAAUUCAAAAAUUCUUAAUAAUAUGGCAUCAAUAGGAGCAGGUAUAAGUGUUAUCGGUUUAAACAUAAUUUUUGAUAAUUGUGAAUUUUCAAAUAAUAUAGCAUCUCUUGUAGGAGGUGGAAUCUAUUAUUAUUCAAAAAAUUCUUAUAUUUAAAUAUUCAACUCUAAAUUUAAUUAUAAUAAGGCAUAAGUAGGAUCAGCCAUUUAUUUAGAAGGUACACAAUUAAGCAAUUAAACAAAAUGUAACAAUGUUUAUGAAUAAAAUAUUGGUACUUAAACGUAUGAGGAUCCAGUUGCAUUAACAAUAACAAUAAAUUAUAAAGAGAUGCCAAUUAUACCAUUUUCUAAAUAUACAAAUGAAGAUGGAGAUGUGAUAUCGAAUACUGUUAUAAUGAUAGAUAAAUUGGCAUUAGAAAAGAUUUAGCUAUAAAAUUAUCCUGAAGUGACUGAUUUAUUGAUUCUGCCUUCUGGAUAAAGAAUUGGAAAUUACAAGUUCUAUUACAUUGAAACAAUGGAAUAAAUACCCUAUGAUUGGAAGAUGAAAUUAAUUUAUUUGAAUAGAUUUGACGAAAUCUUAGCUCAAGAAUAAACAUCAGAUUAAUGUUACAUUGAUGGAAGAAUAUAGAAUAUCAGUUUCUAUGAUGAUUCUAAAGAUUAUACAACCAACUUUACUAGCUUUAAUAUUUUGGAAUAUGAUGUCAGUUAAUCAUCUUUUAAUUUGAAUGAAUUGAUAAUUUAAUUUGAUCCAUAUAUUGAUGAAGAACUAUAUUUAGAAUUGAGAUGUAAAAUAUUUUAUAAUAUUAUAUAGUUUAUUGUUACAAUGUAAAAAAACCAGUAUUGUAAACAGAAUAUCCUUAUAAUGUAUUAUCAUAAAAUGGGAACUAUUAUUUAAUAGCAAAUGUUAGAACAUACCCAUGUUAAAUGGGAGAAGCUUAUUUUGAUGAAAAAUGUGAAGCUUGUGACAUAAAUUAAAAGAAAUUUAGUGUAGUUCCAAAUUCUGCCUAAUGUCAAACUAUGAAUUAAGAAAGUAUGCUAGAUGUAACUCCAGUUGGAAUAAAAUUAAAGAAAGGAUGGUAUAGACCUUAUAUAGAUAAUGAUCAAUAUGAAUAUUGUUUAAAUCUACCAGCAAAUUGUAAUGGCGGAUGGAUUCCAGGAAAUCCUUCAUGUUAUACUGGCCAUAUUGGUGCACUUUGUGAAAGUUGUGAUCUCUAUUCUUUAAACAAUGAUAUUAGAUAUUCUAAUACAGAAAAGUAUGUUUGUUCUCCUUGCUAAAAUACUAAGGAAUCAAGUAUAGGAAUAUUGGCAGGAAAUACAAUUGCAACAGUUGCAUCAAUUACUUUAUCUGUAAAAGGAACAUAUGAAUUAGUUAAUCAAUUUUUAAUGGUUAAAAGUUUAGUCUUAAUGGGAGUAAGACUUAAUUAAAAUGCUAAUCAAUUAGCAACUCUUAUAAAGAUGUUAACAAAUUAUUUCUAGAUUAUAUAAAUCAUUAAUUAAUUCUAAUUAGUUUUACCUAAAGGAUUAACUAAAACUACAGAUGCAGCUGGAAAUCCAACUAAAUCAAGUUCAUUUAGUUUAGAUUGUCUACUUGAACCUAUGACUGAUAUUAAUAUGCUUUAUUUUAGAAUGAUAUGGGCUUUAGUAAUGCCAUGCAUUUAUUUGAUCAUAUAUUUUGUAUAGUAUUUUUUUGGAGUUAUGAUUGGUAAGAUUCCCUAUAAAGCUCCUAUGAUAAGUACAGCAUUUAUUUAUAUGUUUAUUUUUGCAUAACCUACAUUAGUAGGAGGAUUUAUAUAAUUAGGAAGUUCGAGAAUAAUUUCAGGAGUUAAUUGGGUUUAGGCAGAUGUUGCAUAUCGUAGUGAUACUGAUUAACAUUAAUUAUGGGUUGCUGCAUUUGUAGCACCAAUGAUUGUAAUUUGGGUAGCUAUUCUCCCACUAAUAUUUCUAUAUAAAGUAUAUACUUAUAGAUUCCAUUUAAAUAAUAGACAUAUUCGUUCAAGAUGGGGAUUCUUUUAUAAUGAAUAUGAUAAUACUGCUUAUUAUUGGGAAUUUGUUAAAAUCUUUUAAAAAGAAUUAAUGGUUAUUUUCUUGACAUUUUAUGAAGAUUAUGUUCUCAUCAAAGGUGCUCUUGUAAUCCUUGUUUUAUUAUACUAUUCUUGGAUAUAAAUUAAUACUAAACCUUAUGCAAAUAAUGAUCUAAAUUAUCUUGAUCGUUAUUCAACUGUUGUUUGUAUCAUUACUUUAUUAAUUGGUUUAUUAAUCUAUACCUCAUAAGAAUAUGAUACUUAAUACUUGAUAAUUAUCAUGUUUGUUUUAUUAGGUAUCUUUAACUUAAUAUUUUUAAUAAAUAUUGUUUAUAAAAUAUUUGAAGGAUAUCUAAUUAAAUUAUCUGAUAAAAUAGAUCCAAUUAGAGAUUAGAUUUUAGCACACAAACCUAAUAUUCUCUAUUAAUAUCCAAGUCUAAGAUAGUUUUUGAGAAAUAAAAAAAGAACUUCUUAAAAAGUAAAUGAACUUUGGUGUGUUUUAAGAUCUUAUACAAAAGAAUAAAUUUCAAAUAGAAGAAAUAAUUUACCUAAAUAUGAAGUAAUUAAUAAUGCUCCUUAUGAUUUUGCUGCUGCCAAAUUACCUAGAGAUGCUGCAGCCUAAAUUGUUCCUAUUAUAGACAAUUAGGUUCCUGAAUAUCUAAUUAGUGGAGUAGGAAAAGAAUUCUUAGUAAAAGCUCAUGGUUUAGUAGAUACCUUCAAAGAAGAUUAAAAUUAAAAUAAUUAAGAAAAAGAAAAAGAUAAUAAUAAUAAUAAUAAAGAAAAAGGAUUUUUAGAUGGAUUCAAAUCAUACAUUCCAUCAGGAUUAAAAGAUAAAAUUGAAAAAGCAGAAAAAAAAUUAGAUGAUGUUAAGAAAAUAAAGGAAUAAGCUGAAAAUGUCGUCGCAAAAGGAAAAUAAUUGGGUGGAAUUCAAGAAACACCUAAAAAUGAAGAUGAGGUUAAAUUAAAUUAAAAUAAAGAGGAACAACUUAAAUAAGGUGAAAAAUAAGAAGAACAAACAGGAGGAAUUUUUGGAUAAUUUAAAUCAAUAUUACCUGAUAGUAUGAAAGAAUAAAUAAAAAAGGUUGAACAAUAAUCAAAAUAAUUAUAAAAUAACUUAGAAGAAGCCAAAUAAAUGAAAGAUAAGAUUGAAUAAGCUGCAUAAAAUAAAAAUAACUUAAUUUAAAAUGGUCUUGAAUUUAUGCCAAUAGAAAUGAAAGAUUAACUUAAAAAGAUUGAAGAUGAAAAAAAAAAAUUAGAAUCAUAAUAUUAGUAAGUAAGAGAUAAUGCAGAAAAAGCAUAAAAUAUUGCAUAACAAGGUCUUUUAAAGGGUACUUUGUAAGAUGAAUACUAAAAUAAAUUAAAAGAGUUAGAAGAUCAGAAAAAAAAACUUGAAGACAGUGUUUAAAAUUAAGUGAAUUUCGAUAAAUCUCCCUUAUUUGCCGAUAAUAGAUAAUAAAAGCCCUUAUUAGAAAAUGAAAAUCAAUUUUAAAUCUUUUAAAAUGACCCGAUGAGAGUAACAUAAAGCUAAUUUACAAAUUUUGAAAGAGAAAAAAAAUGA